AAAAAACAAAAAAAAAUAAAAAUCAUUACCAGACAGCGAUUUUCUCUCUCUUUCUCUGCUUUCUCUUCGUUCCACACCUUCUGAAAAUUUUCUCUUUUGCAUUUUCCCCCAAAUUUCGAUUUCCCUAAAUUUUUGAAACGAUUUAGGGUUUUGGUUUUUUAUCAUUUCUUGUUUGUUUCCUCCAUUAACAACAUCCAUGGGAAAAGCAAAUCAAUAGGUUGUUGAUGUUCUAGAAGGUUCUGGAAUCGGUGGAGUUAGGGUUUUUGCGGUGAGAUCGAUUUGCCGGAAGUUUUUGGAGAGCUUAAUCUCCAGCGACAAUGGCGGCCGACUUGCCGAUGAGCCCUCAGUUGGAGCAGAUCCACGGUGAAAUCCGCGAUAAUUUCCGUGCCUUAGCAAAUGGCUUCCAGAGACUGGAUAAGAUCAAAGACUCCAAUAGACAAAGUAAACAACUGGAGGAACUUACAGUAAAGAUGAGGGAGUGUAAAAGAUUAAUCAAGGAGUUUGAUCGUGAACUUAAAGAUGAGGAAGGCAGAAAUCCUCCUGAGGUUAAUAAGCAACUCAAUGAUGAGAAGCAAUCUAUGAUCAAAGAGCUGAAUUCAUAUGUGGCAUUGAGAAAAACGUAUAUGAGUACCCUUGGUAAUAAGAAAGUGGAGCUCUUUGAUAUGGGAGCAGGAGUUAGUGAACCUACAGCUGAUGACAAUUUUCAAGUAGCAUCAGCAAUGUCAAAUCAAGAACUUGUCAAUGCUGGAAUGAAGACAAUGGAUGAGACCGAUCAGACCAUUGAACGCACUAAAAAGGUUGUUGAACAAACAAUUGAAGUGGGAACUGAAACUGCUGUUCAAUUAAAGGGUCAAACUGAUCAAAUGGGCCGUAUUGUUAAUGAGCUGGAUACAAUUAACUUCUCAAUUAAGAAGGCCUCCCAGCUUGUGAAGGAGAUUGGUAGGCAGGUGGCUACAGAUAAGUGCAUCAUGCUUUUUCUAUUACUUAUUGUCUGUGGUGUAAUAGCCAUUAUUGUUGUCAAGAUUGUGAACCCCAAUAACAAAAACAUCAGGGACAUAGGAUUGGCGCCUCCAGCUCCAACAAGGAGGCUUUUAUAUCUGAGGGAAGCAGAAUACUUCAAUUAGAUUCAUUAUUUCAGAGAAGCAGUUUUCCAUCCGGUUAUGAUUCAUGUUCUAGUUGAGGGAAGGGAGGCCAGAGGAUCGCUGUUUGUGGGCAUCAAUUGUUUUUUUUUUGUUUUUCUUUUUCUUCACAUUUCCAUGAUUUUAUAUAUUCUUGCCUGAUAUGUGCAUAUCCUGUUUGUGACUCUCUUUUAUGUGUAAAUCACAUGAGUCCAUUUUGCUUUCUUUUGAAUACCAUGGUUUCUCUGUGUAAACCUUUCAAGACUAUUGUAGUCUUAGAAAGAGAAGGCUGCUGUGAAAUUCCACCCUACAUGUCCCUUUGAAGGAAAUGUAUGUUCAUCUCAAUGUGUGUAUACGCGAUGUUGUAUUUUCUGGUCAGUGACUAUGGGUCUGACAUGUAUAAAAUUAUGCUGCACUCUUCCUCCUGAAA